AUGGGACUUUCCGACAACACUCACCACCACUUGGACGGCAAAUUUAGCGAAACAACAGAAGGAAAGAAAUUUGUAAUCACCGGAAUCUCCUUACGUUCACCGAAGAAGCCGAAGAUUAGCCUCUCUUCCUCUGCCUUAGACAACACGAAAGACGAAGAUCUCUUGUGUCCAACGACUCCAACGGCGGCUUCCUUUAGAAUACCGAAAGCGUUUACGUGUCCUCCGGCGCCUAAGAAACGGAAAACGUCAUUGAAGUUUAGUUAUGGCGGUGGCGCUAGAGAGUUCUUCUCUCCACCGGAUCUUGAAACCGUCUUCAUACACAGAACUACUUAA